GAGCACUGUCAGGAAGCGCAUGUUGAGACACACCUGGUUGUGCUGAUCAUAAACAGCAGACUAACAAAACAGAUUCCUGUGAAGUCUGUAGAGGAAUGUUUAAGCUACGCUGCCAUAUAUUACUUCUGUCCGCGAUUUGAUUUGAAAUGACUUAAUGGGGACCUUGUGCUCGAACAACAAGAUCCUAAACGCCUUUUGACGGAGGAGACGAGACGCUUUGGCACCAACGGGAAUAUGCACUGGUUACUGAGUACGUGUUUGGCUCGAACAACAACUACUUAGAUUGAAAAGUUGGUGAUGGUUUUCUUUAUUCGCAGCGGCUAAACAGGAUGAUAAUGGCUGGCAAAAUAAAGGCCAGUUCAGUUUCGAACUGCACUGUAUAAUAACAAAUCGCUGGAAUGAGGAGUUACGAUCAAAGGCACGUGAACACCAUAAACACAUUCGACAAACACUACAAUUAGUAUUUCAUCAACGCAACAGUGCACGUUUAUGUUUAAAGGCAGCAGUGUUGUUAUUGUUUAUUGAAAUGAUAAGUAACCACGGACACAAUCCUGAGUCUGUGAAGUCGUUGGGAUAUAUGAACAAUAUGGACGAGACGGUGGAGGACGACAUCUCGGAGAUCCCACAGCACGUCGUGGUACCAAAUGAAAACGGCGUUGUGAUGGUGAUCAACCACAGCAAAAUUCAUGCCCCUUUCAGCGUGCUAUGGGCGACUGUCCUCUACUGUGCGGAGUUUAUAUGUGCCUCGGUGCUGUCCAGCAUGUACCACACAAGCGACGACGUAAUCUGGAUGGGUUUGACAAUAACCUUUAUACUGGUUCCUUCUGUGCUCACUCAGCUGACCUUAACUUUUGUGCACCGGGAUUUGGGGAGAGAUCGUCCUCUUGUGCUCUUUAUGCACCUGCUCCAGAUGGGACCGAUUAUCAGGUGUGUAGAAGCUUUGGUAGUUUACUUCAAAGCAGGCAGAAAGGAGGAACCAUAUGUUACCAUCACAAGGAAGAUGAAGCUAAAAAACGGCAAAGCCUAUGGAUCCCCCAUGGAAUGGGAGAUUGGACAUUCAGAGCGCAAGUUGGCUGUCCACCGUGAUGCCUUUAAACGCACAGCUGUCAUCCAGGCAUUCCUUGGUUCCACACCUCAACUCACUCUCCAGCUGUAUGCUGCCAUUCAAGAGAAAUACAUCCUUCCAGCAAGACUUGCCUUGAUGAUCAUUUCCCUGAUCUCAAUCACAUACGGAGCGUUGGUGUGCAGCGUGUUGGCAAUCCAGAUCCGUUAUGACGAAUACAAAGUGAGCAUGAAGCCUGGUGCAUAUUUAUGCAUGGUGCUGUGGCGUGGUUUGGAGAUCGCCACUCGUGUCACCUCCUUGGUACUCUUCAGCACAGCCCUAACAUUCUGGGUGAUUCCGGUAGGUCUUGCCAACCUGCUAUUCUUCUUCUUCCAGCCAUGGGUGGAGUUCUGGGCACGGAGAGCCUCACUGCCCGAGAAUGUAGAGAAGAACCUGAGCAAGCUUGGCACAUGUGUGGUGCUGUGCCUGGUUACACUGCUCUACGCUUGCAUCAACGUCUUCUGUUGGUCAGCUGUGCAGUUGAACUUGGCCGAGCAGGAACUAAUUGAGAAACAGCCUCGCUGGAGCCGCCUGGCCGUAUACUAUACACUGCGAUUCGUUGAAAAUCUGGCACUCAUUGUUGCCUGGUACUUUUUUAAGUCAGAUUUCUAUGAGUAUGUGUGUGCGCCACUGCUUGCUGUGCAGCUGAUUGUGUGCUAUGGCCUUGCUGUGCUCUUUAUGCUGCUCUUUUACCAGUUCUGCCACCCAGCACGCAAACUCUUUAAGCAUAAUGUGGAAGACUGCCUGCGUUGUGCUUGCUGCUGGAGAAAAGAGCACACACUGGUUCCACAGGUCCCACCAACACCAGACCUCACAGUUCUGCCGGGGCUGCAAGAAACGGAUAUCUUGGAGGACUUGGAGGCAGCCUGACCUGUCCCUGUAAUUUAUUUGGUCAUAUUUGGCCUUCUCUUAAGCCUAGCAUAUUUGCACGUAUCCUUGAUCAGGAACAUCAUGUGAGCCUUGAUAAGAGCAGUGUGAGCUAUUAAGAAACUGCUCCAUUUCAUUUUAAGAACAAAUAAUGUGUAAUACUAAGAGUAUCCUAAGCAUGACUAUUUUGAAUUGACUUGAAAUGGCCUUGAACAAAAAAGCCUCACUACUCUAAUUUUUGUCUUCACUAUUUUGGUAUGCAUUAGAAGGGAAUAAGUUUGUAGUGAGCUGGGUUUUUUUUUGGCUGCUGCAUACCAAAGAAUGUUGUAAAGAAUGAGAUGAUUCACAAACAGCCUUCACAAAGGGCUGAAAAGUCAGUACUUAGCCCAGGUAUGUUGAAAACAGGCCAAGUGUCUAAUUCAAGAAGGGAGUUUACGUGAUCAGCUGGGGGCAUCCCCUCCUUUACGUAAAGCCAGCCAUUCAUUCCCCUUAAGUGCACUUUGAACCUUGCAUAUCACAGAGAUAAGCUGGGAGGCUUCCUGUGAAAAUCAUUUUCCCAUAAGUUAUGGAGGAAGGCAAAUACUUUAGGUGUGUGCAUUUACCUCAGAUUUACGAAGCUGUUGAUUUCCUGCAUAAGUAAAACUAGAAAGAUUUCUGUUUAUAUGAAUGACAUUGAUUUUAAGUGCUGAAAUAAUAUCAUAUUAACUUUAUAAAAAAAGGUUUUUGCUUGUUUUGUGACUAUUGAUUGUAACUUGAAUAUAAUAUUAAUAAAGUAUUUUUGAAUGUCUAAC